AUGGAAUCCCUAUAUAUUUCAAAAAAUUGGGCUGCAAUGGACAUAGCAAAGCCAGUGGCAACUGCAUAUCUUAGGAGGUGGCACACUAGGUUGUGGUCUAGGAGUCAGUUCUCCACAAUUUCCAAGGUGGAUUAUGUUACAAACAACUUGGCUGAGUGCUUCAAUAAUUGGAUUAAGCAUCACAAGUCCUUGAACUUGGAUGACUUCUUUGAUAAGGUUAGGAAAAUGAUUAUGAUCAUGUUGAACCAAAGGAGGAAAGUAGCAAGGAAGUUGGUUGGGUUGAUUCUUCCCCACAUAAUUAAGAAGGCAGCCUAUGACCAACUAAUUCCUGCCAUGGUUGACAAGAACCAAUGGCCUAAAUCUGACCAUGGAUUCUUCAUGUUUCCACCACUACUAAAAUCCAUGGCGGGUAGGCAUAAAACUAAGAGGUAUAAAGGCUGCAGUGAGAAGAAAAGAAAAAGCGGCCAACACUUAUGCCCUAUUUGUAAGGACUAUGGGCAUCAUUGGCAUAAAUGCAAGAAGGGUAACCCAGCUGACAUUGCUACUAUUUUAGCUGUGACAGGACCACCAAAGAAGAGGGAAAAGACCACCAAAGCAUCAAUUGUGCCUUACGAGGAUGAUGCUCCAGCAUCCUCUAUGUGCUUUCUGCCAAGCCAAAGCUUGGAACCUACAACUACGAAAAAGAGAAAACAUGAUAACUCAAUUACUGGAGCAUCAAAAAGCCAAAUGUUGGAGAAAACAACUAAGGGAAAGGGACUAAAUCUGGAUCUAGAGUAG